GAUCGUUUCUCUGUCUGCGAAUCUCUCACUCUGAAACCCCACCGUCUGUAUUCUCAGUGUUGGCGGACAAUCGAUCGCGGUUUCUGUAAUCGCGUUGACCGGAUUUGACUUUGCAGGAAAUAUCUGCGGAAAUGGCGAGCUCUAUCACCAGCAAUGUUUAUAUCCAAGUAAUCGAGGACGUCAUCAACAAGGUUCGCGAGGAGUUCGUCAAUAAUGGCGGCCAGGGGGAGGAGAUACUGACGGAGCUUCAAGGAUUAUGGGAGCUGAAGAUGAUGCAAGCUGGGGCAAUUGUGGGUCCGAUAGAUAGGUCAGCGUCGCAGAAGGGAGGGGCAGGUGCUGGCAUGACGCCCAACCCUGUGCACGAUUUGAACGUGCCUUAUGAAGGCCCGGAGGAGUAUGAAACCCCCACUGCUGAUUUACUUUUCCCCCCGACGCCGUUGCAAACUCCAAUGCAGACACCAUUGCCUGGAACUGCACAGACUCCAUUGCCGGGAAUGCCUCAGACUCCAUUGCCUGGAACAACUCCGACUCCUCUCACUGGAAGUGAUAGUGGUUCUUUGUAUAAUAUUCCUACUGGCGGCACUCCGAUUACGCCUAAUGAGUACACAUCUAAUAAUGAAAAUGGUGGUGUUCCUGAGGUAAAAGGUGGACAGGGAAGACCUAGCUCAUAUAUGCCUCCACCAUCAUCUUGGUUAAACCAAAGGCCGCCUCUUGAUGUGAAUAUUGCUUAUGUGGAAGGUCGGGAAGACGCUGACAGGGGAGCACUCCAUCAGCCAACAACUCAGGACUUCUUCGUGGCUUCUGGAAAACGGAAACGGGAGGAUUUUCCUCCGCACCCGAGUCACCGUGCUGGUGGAUACAUCCCACAACAAGAUGGAGCUGGGGACAACCUAUCAGAUGAGCUGAAGCAGGUGGUUCAAAGGGGUGCCAAAGAAAUGCUCACUGACAGGGGAACUUCAUCGUCAAGGAUUACUCAGUUGGAUGGUCCAAUACCUGAUCCAUACGAUGACGUGCUUUCUACACCCAAUAUAUACAACUAUCAAGGAGUCGUAAAUGAAGACUACAAUAUAGUGAAUACACCAAUGCCAAACGAUAUGCAAGCACCAACUCCUGCUCCUGUUCCAAAUGAGCCUAUAGAUGACGAUGACGACGAGCCUUUGAAUGAAGAUGAUGACGAUGAUCUCGAUGAUGUGGACCAGGGGGAGGAUCUUGACACUACGCAUCUGGUUCUAGCUCAGUUCGACAAGGUGACGAGGACCAAGAGCAGGUGGAAAUGCACUCUGAAAUCCGGCAUUAUGCACAUAAAUAAUAAAGAUUAUCUGUUCAACAAGGCCACCGGGGAGUUCGACUUUUGAUUAACCCCAAUUAGCUUUGUUGGUGUAUUCUGAGGAAACCGGAGACAUUUCCUUACCCUUUUUGUAUUUGACAUAUCGAAAACUGGAAAGAGUUAUGUUGGCUGGCCCCAUCCCAUGUACAUACUGAGUUUUUGCUUCCUGUGUGUUAAGAGUUUAAAAAACUCCCAAUUGAAUAUGGAAUUAUGUAAAAUUUACUUCUGCAGAUUUUGUUAUGUGACCAAAUUAAUUAGUUACUCAA